AUGGGUUUCCUCGGCCUGUUCGCCGGACACAUGCUCUUCGUCCUGCUCCUGUUGCUAUUUCCUGUUCCUGACGCUGCUGCGAGCCAGGAGCCUCUGCAGCAGAGCUACAUUGUGCAGCUGCACCCGCGCGAAUCCACCGGCGGCGAGGCAACGGCAACGCUCGCCUCCACCAAGAACCACCACUGGCACCUCUCCUUCCUCGACAAAUCAGUACUGCAUUCUUCCUCCGGGGAGCAUCAGCUGCCGUCGUCGCGCCUGCUGUACUCUUACCACACCGUCUUCGACGGCUUCGCGGCGCGGCUCACGGCCGGCGAGGCUGCGGCGCUGCGUGAGCUACCCGGCGUCGCGUCCGUGCGGGAGGACCGUCGCGUCGAGCUGCACACCACGUACUCGUACCGGUUCCUGGGGCUCAGCGUGUGCCCGACCGGCGCGUGGGCGCGCGCGGGGUACGGCCGCGGCGCCAUCAUCGGGGUGCUCGACACCGGCGUGUGGCCCGAGAGCCCCAGCUUCGACGACCGCGGGAUGCCGCCUGUGCCGGACCGGUGGCGUGGGGCGUGCGAGGCCGGGGAGCGGUUCAACGCGACGAGCUGCAACCGGAAGCUCGUCGGCGCGCGGUUCUACUCCAAGGGCCACCGCGCAAACUACCCGACGGACCCGUCGGAAGCGGCGGCGUCGGUGCCGGAGUACGCGUCGCCGCGGGACGCGCACGGGCACGGGACGCACACGGCGUCCACGGCCGCGGGGGCCGCCGUGGCCGGAGCCAGCGUCCUCGGCGCCGGGGCCGGCGAGGCGCGCGGCGUGGCCCCCGGCGCGCACGUGGCCGCGUACAAGGUGUGCUGGUUCAACGGCUGCUACAGCUCCGACAUCCUCGCCGGGAUGGACGACGCGGUGCGCGACGGCGUCGACGUGCUGUCGCUCUCCCUCGGCGGCUUCCCCAUCCCGCUGUUCGAGGACAGCAUCGCCAUCGGCAGCUUUCGUGCCACGGCACGCGGCGUGUCCGUCGUGUGCGCCGCCGGGAACAAUGGGCCGGAGCCCAGCUCCGUGGCCAACGAGGCGCCCUGGGUGCUCACUGUCGGCGCCGCCACUCUGGACCGGCGCUUCCCGGCUUAUGUUCGGCUCGGCAACGGCCAGGUCCUGUACGGCGAGUCCAUGUACCCGGGAAAAGUCGAUUUGAAAAAUGGCGGGAAGGAGCUGGAGCUGGUGUACGCAGCAGGUGGGUCCCGUGAAGCGAUGUACUGCAUGAAGGGGGCCCUUUCCGCGGCAGACGUCGCCGGAAAGAUGGUCGUGUGCGACCGUGGAAUCACCGGCCGCGCGGAGAAAGGCGAAGCGGUGAGAGAAGCAGGCGGCGCAGCCAUGGUGCUCGCGAACUCCGAGAUCAACCGGCAGGAGGACUCCGUGGACGUGCACGUCCUGCCGGCCACGCUCGUCGGCUACCAGGAGGCGGUGGAGCUCAAGAACUACAUCAGCUCGACGGCACGACCCGUGGCGAGGAUCGCGUUCGGCGGCACGCGGAUCGGGCGGGCGCGCGCGCCGGCGGUGGCGCUGUUCUCGGCGCGCGGGCCGAGCAUGACGAACCCGUCGGUGCUGAAGCCGGACGUGAUCGCGCCGGGGGUGAACAUCAUCGCGGCGUGGCCGGGCAGCGUGGGCCCGUCGGGGCUGGAGUCGGACGCGCGGCGGUCCAACUUCACGGUGCUGUCGGGGACGUCGAUGGCGUGCCCGCACGUGAGCGGCAUGGCGGCGCUGGUCCGGUCGGCGCACCCGUCGUGGAGCCCGGCGAUGGUGCGGUCGGCGAUCAUGACGACGGCCGACGCGACGGACCGGCAGGGGAAGCCGAUCGCGGACGGCGACGGCGGGCGCGCCGACGCGUUCGCCAUGGGCGCCGGGCACGUGAACCCGGCGCUCGCCGUCGACCCGGGCCUGGUGUACGACAUCGAGCCGGCGGACUACGUGACGCACCUGUGCACGAUGGGGUACACGCAGCGGGAGGUGUUCAAGAUCACGCACAGCGCCGUCAACUGCAGCGAGUUGCUGGAGGGGAACCAGGGGUUCACGCUCAACUACCCGUCGAUAGCGGUGGCGUUCAAGGGGAACGGCAGUGAGUCGUCGACGGUGGUGCUGCGGAGGACGGUCACGAACGUCGGCGCGCCCAACUCGACGUACACCGCGCGGGUGGCCGCGCCGGCCGGGGUGAAUGUCAAGGUGACGCCGACCACGCUGACGUUCGGGGAGUUCGGCGAGAAGAAGAGCUUCCAGGUGUGGGUGGACGCGUCGGCGGCGGGGAAGAAGGACAGUGCGGAUGGGUACUUGGUGUGGAAGCAGCAGAGCGGAGGACAAGGGAGGCGGCGCACGGUGAGGAGCCCCAUUGCCGUGACGUGGCCCGUAGAAUAG